AUGUGGGUUCGCCACCACUCCUUCCACGACACUGUCAGGGAUUCCUGGCUUCAACCGACUGGGCUCUUCGGGAUGCGCAAUCUCGAGGAGAAGCUCGACAGACUGCGGCGUCGGUUGAGACAGUGGAACUGGGAUGUUUUUGGAAACCUUCACCAGCGCUUUGCUGCGGCUCAGAGUGCGCAUGCUACGGCUGAGCGGGCCUAUGACCUGGAUCCCACUCCGGAGAAUAGGACCGCCAUGCACCGCUGCCACGCCGAGUACCAGCUCCGACUCCUUAUGGAGGAGGACUUCUGGAAGCAGAAGGCGGCCGUUCGCUGGGUGGCCGAGGGCGAGCGGAACAGUAGGAUCUUUCAGGGCUACGUUAGGCAGAAGCGUGCUAAGUCGUACAUCCAUAGUAUCGAGGCUGAAGGGUCAUCCUUGACCCAGGAGGCUCAGAUUCGGAAGUCGGCUGUUGCCCACUUCCAGACCCUCUUCACCUCUGACAGAGGAGCGACGGACAACCACCUCCGCAAGCCGUCGGAGUCAGCUUCGAGCUAUUAUCGGUCGGUCUAUGUUGGUUCUUUCCCAUCGGAGGACUUGUCGGUUCCGACGGGCAACCUCCCCCAAGAUCAAUCGCGGUUGACUGAUAGCGGCACCUCAGGUAAGAAAAACCCUCAGCUGCCUACUCAUAUGGAUCCAUCCCUUCUCACGGACUCUUUACGGGCUAUAGGUGAUGUCCAUUCCACUGGGCCGAAUCUCUCUAGGCCCAAAUCUGCCCCCAACCUCUCUUCUCUCCAUCUUGGGCCAGCCCAUAACCCUUUUGCCCCCUCAUCUUAUUUUGGGCCCAUCUCUACACAUUCUUCACCCCAACCCAUUUUCACAUCCUCUCACCCCAUAGCAGAGCCCGUAACCACCAAAACCACUUCUAAGCCCAUCCCCAUCCUCCCCAAACUCCACAACAGCACCGGUCAUCGAGCUGUCCCCGGCAGCACACCGGUGACCGUAGACCCCCCACCGGCUGAUGAAAGCACUCCAAAAACUCAUGCCGCCGAGCUCAAACCUGGAAGAUGGCAAAAUUCCGUCGGCAACAUCCGGCGACCCGCCGAACUCAGCGAGCAAAUCCAACCUUAA